UUGCUGUCUUUUGAUUUUUCUAAAGAGAUAAUUUUAUUCUAGGGUUAUAUGGAAUUUUCUGAUUCGGGAAAAGUUAAAGAAUAUGAAGAAUCACAAAUACAAUAUUUUCUUAAUCGAUUUCAUUUAUCUCGAAUAUCAAUUCGUUUACUCAUUUAUCAGCAUACUAUGUGUUUUGGUGAAGAAAUACCUGAACAUCCGACACAUCUUGGUUUCGUUGAUCCUCUUUGUUAUGUGGAAGAUAUAAUCAAAGACGCAUUUGAAAAUGCCCAAUUUUUAUGUGAAGGUUAUUAUUUAACAGCUCCUUCAUUGGAACUUCGUUGUAUUAAUGCAACAAACCCCGAUGAGCCAAUAUGUAUAGCUUAUGUUCCAUCACAUCUGUAUCAUAUUAUGUUUGAAUUAUUUAAAAAUUCUAUGCGUGCAACUGUUGAAUAUGCAGAAAGUAAAAAAUUAAGCACAACAUUACCACCGAUAAUAGUUGAUAUUGUUAAAGCAAAAGAAGAUUUGACUAUUCGUAUUAGUGAUCGUGGUGGUGGAAUUCCACGUUCUAAAGCAGAUAAAAUCUUUAGAUAUAUGUAUUCAACUGCACCAAGACCUGUAUCAUUAACUGAUUCUCAACAUUCAGGUCCAGUGCCAUUAGCAGGUUUUGGUUAUGGCCUUCCGAUAAGUCGACUUUAUGCUCGAUAUUUUAAUGGUAAUUUGGAGAUUCAUUCUAUUGAUGGACAUGGUACUGAUGCUUAUAUUUAUCUUCAAGCUGUUGAAGAUCAAGCUAGUGAAUGGUUACCAAUAUGUAAUCGAGCUGCUUAUGAAUAUUAUACAUCACGAAAAUAUCAAUCAGAUUGGACAAAAAAGAAAUAA